CUAACCCUCGACUCCAAAUAUAUUGUUAGACGAGCUUGUGCAGCCGUCGGCUCGUUGAAAGAAUAUGAAUUCGAUAUUCGUUUCAAUGCGGAAGUUUUCACUCCGGGAAUAAAUCAUGUAGAAAACGAAGACGCACCGAAUUCGUUGAAAAAACAAAAGAAAUUGGUUGUGGACGCAGCAUUUUUGGCUACAACACAAAUACCAAGCUUCAUCAGGGAUAAUCAUACGUCUGCACCGAUGUGUGGUGCAACACUAACCAAAGCACUGCACAGCCUCGUUAUCAAUAUGCGGUACUUAUGAAAAGUAGCUGGACUAUAAGCUAAGAUACCGAAACUAGAAUACUUACAUACGAUUUCGGUUCAAGAGUUGUCUCGACGCGCAGCCAAACACUUAUUAUAUGCAUACAUGCAAAAUACUGAUCUCAUAAGUUUAUCAGCAGCUUUAAGCCAUUUCCUGGAUUGUCUGCUAACCACUGGUCCAAUGACUCCACCGGUUGCACAAGACGAAUUGCAAAAAACGAACAAACGUCGGAAUAAGAAUAAGUCAAGUAAAAAUAUGUUCUUGGAAACGAUAAUUCCGAAUGUCUGA